AUGGGCCCCUGUACCGCCUCCUCAUGCUGCUGCCAGGCCCGUAAUCUGCCAUGGGCCCCCGUACCGCCUCCUCAUGCUGCUGCCAGGCCCGUAAUCUGCCAUGGGCCCCCGUACCGCCUCCUCAUGCUGCUGCCAGGUCCAGAAUGUCUCAUGGGUCCCUGUACGGCCUCCCAUUGCUGCUGUCUCCAUCGCCACACUCUGCCAUGUGCCACUUUCAGGUCUCCUCACACUGCUGGUGGGUUCCAUUUUUGUCAUAGGGUGCUGUAUGGCCUCCCAUUGCUGCUGCCUCCACCGCCACACUGUGGCUCCACACUCUGGUUUUGGCCCCGUGACUGCCCAAAUGAGUGAAGGGUGCGGUGAUUCUAAGAUCGACGGCACUCAUCUGCAUGUCAUACUGACUGACAGUAUUAUUUCUCUUCCCCAGCAGACUCCAAGGGCAUUUAAAUUAAAGGUACAGUGUUCUGCACUAAUAUAA